AUGUUUGUUUUUCUUGCAUUGUCAAUAACAUUGUGUUCAGUAAAUGGAUUUCGAACACAAAGUGCUGGCGUUCGAGGUAUUUUGAUGUGCGGUGAUUUACCCUUAGCAAAUACUAAAGUAAAAUUAUGGGAUGAAGACGCAAUAGACAUUGAUGAUUUACUACAAGAAGGAAGGACAAAUGCUCAGGGUUAUUUCGAAUUGAGUGGUCAUACCAGUGAGAUCACUACUAUCAAUCCUAUUCUCAAGAUUUAUCAUGAUUGUGAUGAUCAGAUAAUGCCUUGUCAACGAAAAAUAGCAUUUGAAAUACCAUCAUCAUAUGUGAGUAGUGGUACACAAGUGGAGAAAUUCUUUGAUAUUGGUACUAUUAAUAUGCAAAUUAUUUUCGAGAAAGAAUCACGAGAUUGUAUACAUCGCUGA